AGCUAGAGCACAAAAAGUAGGGCAAGUGGCAUACUUCAGGUUACAUGCUUUCCCUGUAGAAGGGAUAUUAAAAGGGGUGAGAAGACAAUUAAUUGUGUGCGCAGAAGGCCUAAUUGAUGAUAAAGGGCAAGUGAGAGAAACAAUUGUGGUUGAGGAAUCUCGGAGGGGAGCCACAGGGCGGAUAAACCCUCGCCGCAACCAUUCUGAUGAUAAAGACGAGGCCACAGGGCCUCUUUACACACUAACCAUAACAGUCACCACCAGAGUUGGGGUUGGCGAAGGUGUAUACUCUGUUUCAGCUAGGCACUCAGUGGAACCCCUGUCUACAGACGCUGACGGAAAAGCAGCUGAACCUGUAGUUCCAGACCCCGAGCCAGAGUACAAGGACGUCCACGAUUUUGCUACUACAAUACCACUGAGAAAUAACCCGAACAAUGGAGGACCUAGAGAUGCUUCUCAGCAACGACGCACAAGGAGGCCGAGAAUGUCGUGCUUCAGCGGGUGUUUCCGAUCAGGAAAUGCUGACAGAGUACAUGAAAAUCCGAAAUCAAAAGAAAAAUCAACAAAUCCUGCGCAAAUAAAACCGGGAAAUGGAUUGUGGAAAAAGAACAAGUGGAAGCCAGUGAAUCACAAUUCCCAGUGACAGCCCUAAAAGAGGGGUUCGCAAAUGAAACAGAUACACCCAGAAAUCCCAUAGAAUUAGGAGGGUAUCGUAAUCAUAUAGUGAAUACUUUGUUUGCUUUUGGAGAUAAGAAAAGGUUAUUUAACACCUGCAACCUCAAAUACCCCCCACUAGAUUCCUGUCUGAACUGUGAGAAAACCGUGAGGUUUAGGAGGGGGGCCAGGGGCCUAUACGGUAGUCUCUGCACCCCAUGCUUUAUCUUGAACAAGAAUGAAUGCAUCAAUAUUAUCAACCUAGACAAUCACAGAGAAAAAUUGGAAAUUUUAGAGAAUACAAUGACUGUAUAUACAGACAUUCCAAAUUACCCAUUGUCAGAGGGAUUAUUCACACCCAUAACAUGUAUCAGCAUGAUUAAAUUCUAUCCUUAUAAUGAGGAAAAACAAGAUAUUGUGACAAUACGCAGGAAUAUAUUUCCGUAUAUCUACGAAGACCUUGAAGGGAAACAACAAACUAAAUAUAUAAUCAAGAGAAAAAAAGUACCCUCUCGACAGCUGUAAAAACACUCGAACGGGGAGAACUAUGUGGGGAAGGGGUUUGUAUUAUCUGUAUAUUAUUUUAUUUUUAAAGACAGUUUGGGGUAUACCUCUGAAGGAGAAGUACCAACCAAGGACAGGAGGUGGUGAUGUGUACAGAAAGGCUUUCCUGGAACAACAAGCCUUCCUCGAUGGAAGGAACAGUUUCCAGAUUACACGCUGUAUCCCUGAACCUGAAGGAGGAAAGAUCCCAAGGAGUCGGUGCAUCAUCUGCUUUGAGGAUGUGAGAGACAUUGCCCAUUUCACGCUGCGAGGAGGCAUGCGGGGAUGCCUGGAAUGCAUCUGCUUCAACCUGAAGACAACGCUCAGGAAUGGACAGGACUUUGGAUAUGAAGCCACUAUUGAGGAGUGGCUGUAUGACUUUGUGGACAUGGGGGUGUUAGGAGAAAAAACUAGAGUACCUGGACAAAUAUUGUGCGAUUUUAUGUUGCCUACGAGAAAAAGAGUGUCGAUAAUUAAAACAAAAGGGGGACCCAUGUUAGAUAUUGUUACACAAAGACUGACAGAUGGGAGCCCAGUCAGUACUUGGUACUCCUUACCAUUUGAUCCCUGGAUGAUAAAGCUAUGUGAGUUAAUUGAGAAGCACUUACAGGCUAGGAUUGGCUUAGUGCGAGGGGUUGAAGGGGGUGUCGAGGACCCGGCCCUAGGCCCUCCUGAUGAGAGAUUGACAGAAGAUGGGUUAAGCAGGAAUGCAUUGUUAACCCCUCGCACACGCCAAUGGGGUAGGAGUAAAAGCUCCCGUAAGAGGAAAAGUAUAUGGUAUAAAAUAAAUGUACAACCGUAUAUGGAUACUGAGGAGUCUGAAGUCAGAGGACUUAGAUUCAGGGUUUUAGAGAGCAAGGUUAAAGGUCUGACUGAGAAUACCCCAACCCUACAGGGGAGGGGCACAAUGCCCGGCUAAAGAAAAACAAAAAUAAGGAAAACGGAAGGGAUGUCAAUACCGAAAGAAAAUUAAUGAUUAAUGGCGGAUGAUUUACACUCAGCUAUUGGCUGGAUGUCCUUUGUAGAUCCCUUAAGGCGCCGCGGAGAGGGGCACCUGAAGAGUGUGUUGGGAUGGUGGCAGGCUUUAACGUCUGGCUUACAUGAAAUCAAAGUUUGGAGGAAGUCAAGGAGAGAUUAUGAAACUGACACAGACACCAGUGAUGAAUAGGUUCAUUAAAAACAACAUAAGGGCUAGUGUUUUCCACUCAUAUAUUAAGAUGGGGGAAAUUCCCAAACCAGAGAGGCCCAUGAAAUAAAAUAUUGGGGACGGUUCUUUGGAGGUAUGAGAAAAUGACAAUUGGAAAAACAGAAAUAAUUAAUAUGGUCAUUGAAAAACAGGUUAUAUAAAAGAUAAAUGUCUUCCCGCUUGACAUAAUGGGGACAUUUCUUAUCAAAAAAGGUACACUUUUGUAUACAAAAAAGAUAUAUAAGGGAUAAGUUUUUAGACCUUAGAGCAGGAUCCCAGAAUUUGGCUUCAGAAGAUAUCUACGAGCUGGUGAAGAAAGAUCCACGCAGAACAAUUAUAACCAAGCUGGAGUGGUAAUUAUAAUCUAUAUUACUUGUAGAAGUAGGAAAAGUAACAUAUUAUAAGUUUACUUUUAUAUAUCUUUUAUUUCUUAUUAGGAUACUAUAUAAAGUAGAAAAAUGUAGAGAAAUGAUCAUAUUUAGAUAAAUAUAAUAUUAUAGGAAUAGUUUCUUUUUAAACGUCAAGAAGGGGGAGCUAUAGGAUAAGGCUAAGGCCAAAGAGGAUGGAUAUAGGAAGGGUGUACCUUGAUUUUUAAACAUCGUGGUGGAAAGGUAAUUUAGAAAGAGCUAAGAGGGGUAUAUGUAACUUGCAUGUG